GGACUGUGAAUUCUAUGUUUGGAGCCAAACUAAGUCAACUACGUUGAGAAAGAAAAAAUAGUAAAAAAAGAAAACAAUAUAGAAAACCGUAGUCGUUUGAGGUCUCCUCAUCCAAACCAAUUGUGAGAUGCUGCGAUGAAUAAUACCUAUGUAGAACAAACAGCGAAUUCACCAAAUACAUGAGAUUGCAAACGCACCACCCAGGAGGGUAUCACAUGGACCUUUGCCCUACGUGACCAUCUAUAAAUUACCUGACUUUGUUGUGCCUUAACACCAGCCAAGGUUAGUUGCUCGGUAAACCACGACGCUACAUAGAAACAAGCAGAUCACGCCUCUUCUUGUUGUUGUUCUUCUACUACUGCUGCUGUUACCAUGGCACUGGAAACCACGGAAAUAGACACCCCACCCAACUGGGGUGUCAUUGAGUUUAUCCCAUCCGCCGGUCACACCAGCGUCCAACUGAUAAUUAUUUAUCGAGGCACACGACUCCACAUCUACCUAUUUGAAGAAGCCUUUUUCGAGUCACCCCAGCUGAGAGAGAAGUAUCUGUUGUACGUUAAAGAAUACUCAGAUGAAAAGGUAGAUAGGAGCUUCUGGAACUGGAUCGUGGAGCCCUUCUACCCCCUGCUCCGUAACUUCCCAUCUCCAGCGCCAUCCAAGAUACCAACUCUUAAAGAUUACGUUUACGCCGAGACAUUGACCUACAUGGUUGGAGGAACAGCUUCGGGGGAGCGGGUCCCAUAUCAUACUCCCCAGAAACAGCAUACCCAGCAUAUCAAGUAUGACGUUCGCCUUCCCGACGAGCUUUGCGAGCCCUGGCCACGCUUCCACCCAUCCGAAAUCAAGAUAUGCGCCAACAACCUUGAGGCAGCACUCUCUAGUGUGCCUAAAAAGGUGCAGCUGGUAAACGGGUCAGAAGUCUUCUUCCUCAAGCUCAUUCACUAUGAAUAUCAGGAUAGAGAGUUCAGGAACUAUAAGAUGAUUGCCGACGCGGGGCUGGACAGAGAGGAGGACUUGCGGAUAUCGCAUCUCGAGGGCUUCGUACAAGAUGAGCGCGGCGUUCUGUUAGGGCUCUUGUUUCCGUACAUCAAUGGCAGGAAUAUGACCUUGAUGAGUGCCACAGAGCCAUAUGCAUCGCCCGAUUUACGCCGACGAUGGGCAGACCAGGUUACGUCCACAGUGAAACGCCUUCACGCGGCUGGCGCUGUCUGGGGCGAUGCGAGGGCGAGCAAUGUACUGAUCGACGCUGAUUACAACGCCUGGGUGACCGGCUUUGACGUAUAUUGCACGGAGGGAUUGGUAGACGACGAGUUGGCUGGCACGGUGGAAGGUGACUUGCAGGGCUUGGCUAAGAUAAUGGAGCACCUGGGCAAACGGGACCAGUCAUAGUCCCUUGCAGGUCUAACACCGCAUCAACCAUGAUGAAUUUUCCGCAAGUUAUAUCGGGUAGGCCUGGGCCAGGCAAUAAGAGUGUUGAGUGGCUGUAUUCUGAAGUGGAAAUAGGGAGCCAUGAGUAGUCUGCUUAGACAUUAUCAUCUAUGGUGAAAUGGUUAUCAAAGCAGUGACACUUGGGUGAGCGGGAUGGCAACACUAAGACCUUACCGGGACGUCAAGCUUGCAGAGGUCGUUGAUGUGUUGAAACAGUUUUAUGUGAAGUGAAUAUCAAAAGGCCAUGAACGUGAUACGUCUUUGGCGGGGGAUUAAACUCUGAGCUUUGAACUUUUAACUUUCAACUUUCAACUUUGAAGGGUUACAAAGGUUAUAAUUUAGGUUAGAGUUACAUAUGUGCUUCAUCCAUCC